AUGAGUGAAGGGCUGACCAGGUUUUUCUUGAAAACCUCCAGUCAUGGAGCAUCCACUCAGGCCGAGAUGGAGGUGCCGAUUCCCAAGUACUUCGUGAGGGAGCGGGCCAAGGUCCUGCAGGAGCGUCAGGAGGUGCUGGCGGGGCUCCUGGCCCGCAUGGAGCCCUCCAGGGCCAUCCCUUUCCCGCACUCUCUGAUUCUGCGGGACGAGGCGGUGAGGCUCAUUCAGAUGGCGGAGCGGAUGCGCCAGGGACGCCUCCGGGCCCACUUCAUGGCCGAGAUCCGGAGGGACGAGGAGCGCGAGCGGAGGGUCAAGGAGGGAGGCCCAGACGAGCCCAACCGAGACACGGCCGCCAUCUGCAUCCAAAGAAUCUGGAAAGGCCACGUGCAGCGAAGGCUCAGCAGGGUAGCGCGCACGGCCGAGAUGGCCUUCAUCGGCAUGGAACUGGAGCCGCACCUUGCGGGCCCAACGCCAGCCACGAUCCGCGCCCAGCUGUGCGAAGAGCUGCGCCGGAUGCGCCAGGCGGACUACGAGGCCGAGUACCGGGAGGCGCAGGAGCGCAUCCGAGAGUCCCUUCUGGAGCUGGAGGCGCCCAACAUGCGCGUGCAGCUGCGCGAACAGCUCCGCCAAUGGUUCAUCGAAUGCCGUGACCUGACUGGCCGUUUCCCCGACUACCCAGAGGAGGAAAUUGGGGGCUGCGAGAUCCUUUUUGCCCAGAAGACCCCUGAAGAGGUGAGGGCUGAGCUGGACCUGGCGGAGAUCAGGACGGAGAAGGAGCCGAAGGAAAAGGCGGAGAAGGAGCCGAAGGAGAAGAAGGAGGAGGAAGAGAAGAAGAAGGGGAAGGAGAAGAGAUCGGAGGAAGAGGAAGGGCUGAAGAUGGCUCCCUCCAGGUUCCUGCCCACCAUCUAUCAGGGAUUCCUGCGGUACACGGGCUGCUGGAGCGAGAACGACGAAGCCACCAACUUUGAGCAGCGCUACCAGCCGGAUCUGAUCAGGGUGCAGAAGAGGAGGGAGAUGGAGACCGAAAUCCGGCUGCAGGUGGAUGAACUGAUGCGGGAGGAGCUUCAGCACCUGCGCCUGGCUGUUGACCAGGAGGAGACCAGGACUCAGAAGGCCCCCAAGAAGGGCACCAAGACAAAGAAAGGGAAGAAGGAGAAGGACCUGACGCCAGACAGGACCAUUGAUUCUCUCUACGAAGAACUGGUGUUCCAGGGCAUUAUUAAGAAGCCCCCAAAGGUGCAGCUGGCCGAUUACUCAGGGGAUUUCUGCUACCUGGGGGCUCUCUUGCGCCAGAAGAACAUCGAGCCCGUUCCUUCCAUGCUGGACGUCCGGCAGAACAUUGUCCUCUACGCUAUCCUUCCUUUGGGUAAGCCAAGCAGGAGGGCGCAGGAGGGGCCCCUGGAGUGCCGGGACCCCGUGGUGCACAACGCCCUCUACACGGGGAACCUGGCCGAGGUGCAGCGCCACUUCUCCCAACGGUCGGCGGUCAACCUGCUCAUCCACGCCGAGGGUCCGGACCUGCGCUGGACCAGCCAGAAAUGGGGGCUGUGGUCUCUGACCUACGAGCAGGAGCUCACCACGCCGCUGCACAUCACGGCCAGCCGCGGCUACCUGGACUGUUUGCGCCACCUGCUGCUGCGCGGAGCCGAGGUGGAUCUGGCGCCCGGUGGACAGACCGCCCUGCACGCGGCUUGCGCAACGGCCACCGCCGACUGCGUCCGGCUGCUGCUCUCUUUCGGCGCUGACCCCGGGGCUGUCUCCGAAGGCGGAUUUCAGCCGCUCCACCUCUGCCGGAACCCCGCUUCGAGCGAGUGCGCCCGCCUUCUGCUGAGCCACGGGGCGGUGGUGAAUUGCGCGUCCGAGGAGGAAGGGGAUACCCCGCUGCACGUGGCGGCUCGGCUGGGCUUGGCGGAGCACGUGCGCCUCUUCCUAAGCCACGGAGCCGCCCUGGAGGCCAAGAACGCCGAGGGGGAAACACCGCUGAUCUCAGCCUGCGCCCUGGCCCACUCCGCCCAGGCGGCGGACGCGUACUACGAGGUGUGCCGGCUGCUAGUGGAAGCCGGCGCCCGGGUGAACGCCGCUGACCGCGACCGCCAGCGACCGCUGCACCAGGCCUGCAAGAACGCCAACUCACGCGUGGUGGCGCUGCUCCUGGCCCACGGCGCCAACGUCAACAUCAUGAGCUACAGCGGCAACACGGCGCUCCACAACGCCCUGCAGGUGGCGGCCUACCGCCUGGAGCACCGGCCGGAGUUGGUGGUGCGCCACCUGCUCAACCACGGCGCGGUGCGCGUCUGGCCAGGCGCGCUACUCAAGCGCCGUCUUCACGCGGGGAUUCGGGCCCGAGAAAGCCAAACUGCUCUCAACACUCACAGCCCGCUUCUCUUCCUGCCUNCCCCUCACCCUCACCCCUGCCCCCCCUCCUCGCCCUCCGCAGUGUCCUGGCAGCGGCUGAUACAGAGGCAUGGCGGGGAGGUCACCAGCAGCCUGGACCUGAGCGGCCUGGCGAAGGUGUCGGACAGCUACAGCCAGGGCAGCCUGGCCAGGGCCGUGAAAAUGGUGCUGACCGAGCGGCGCCUCCUGCAGCUGGUCAAGAAGCCCCUCGUGGCCAGCGAGUUCCUGCAGAUGCUGGGCAGGGCGGACCCCAUCUACCCCGAGGAGCUGGGGCUGCUGCAGGACUGGUACGACAAGACUCCGCUGGGCAGAAGGAAGCUGGAGGAGGAGGAGGAGAAUCUGCCAGCGGGCCCAGAGAAGCCGGGGCAGCAGAAGAAGUGA